AUGACGCCCUCUUACCAGCUCCCUGUCCCUCUCUCUGUAUCUGUGUUUCCAGGAAACGCCUUUGUGGUGAGCCUGGCGCUGGCCGACCUGCUGGUGGCCGUCUACCCCUACCCCCUGGUGCUCGCGGCCAUCUUCAACGACGGCUGGGUCGCCGGCUACCUCCAGUGCCAGAUCAGCGGCUUCCUGAUGGGCCUCAGCGUCAUCGGCUCCAUCUUCAACAUCGCCGGCAUCGCCAUCAACCGCUACUGCCACAUCUGCCACAGCCUCCAGUACGACACCGUGUACUCCGGCAGCAACACCGUGUGCUACAUGCCGCUGGUGUGGGCGCUCACCGUCCUGGCCAUCGCGCCCAACUGGUUCAUGGAGUCGCUGCGGUACGACCCGCGCGUCUACUCCUGCACCUUCGCCCAGUCCGUCAGCCCCCUGUACACCGUGGCGGUGGUGCUGGUGCACUUCAUCCUGCCCAUCUCUGUCGCCUCCUACUCCUACCUGCGAAUCUGGAUCCUGGUCAUCCGGGCGAGGCGACGGGUCAAGCCCGGCGCGCGGCCCAAGAUCAAGACGUACGACGUCCGCGGCUUUCUCACCAUGUUGGUGGUGUUCGCGCUGUUUGCCGUGUGCUGGGCGCCCAUCAACCUGAUCGGGCUGGCGGUGGCGUUGGACCCCAGACUGGGACCGGCCGUCCCCGAGUGGCUGUUUGUAGCCAGCUACUUCAUGGCGUAUUUUAACAGCUGCCUCAACGCCGUGGUGUACGGUGCGCUCAACAGCAACUUCAGGAAGGAGUACAAGCGCAUCGUUAUCAUCAUAUUCAAGUUCCACUGCUGACGGUGGGGGGAGGUCGUAGACACCUAUGAGGAACAGAUGUGAUACUUUGGUUUACAACGAAAGGAGUAUGGAAGGAAAUAGGAAAGGGGAUUCAUGGGAAUUGAGAAAGGAAAAGAGGAAUCAAGGGGAAUGGGAGAGAAUAACGGAUAGAUUGAAUUUGAGAAGAGGACAGCGGGUAAAAAAGGAGGAUAUGGUCGGGCUGUACCAUGAGAGAAAGAGAAGGAAAAUAAAGUAUGAUUCUUAAGCUCUUUCUUCCUCUCCCCCUUUUGCGUCCGCAUCACAGGGAGAGGGUGGUGGAGGCGGUGUGCAGUACUUCACCUACAUUAUCUGCUGGUAUGAAUAUGUGCUCAAGCAUGGACCGCAUGCCACUCAUGAAUUUAAAAGAGAUUCCAAUAAUGGGACAUUGCUAUGGAAACUGAAUCGUCAUGAAGCCCUCGUCCCUACAAUGGUGUGCAGUUUCACAUCAGUAUCAAGGAGAUACACCCUUGUUUCUAUAUACAUAUUAAACUACAAUUACGAAAGGGCAUGGAUACUAAUAAGACAUUUAGAACUGAAGUAUUCUGACCAUAUCACUGUGCUUUUUUUUUGGUAGGGGGGGGGGAUUUAUGUUAUUCUGUGAUUCACGGUGUAACUGUCAGUUCAAAACCAGUAUGAUUCGCUUAGAGUGAAACAAAGCCUUUAAGGUGGCCCUUAAAGUCUGAAUUCAGAUUCCUCAACAAUGCCGGUCAGGUAAAAGGGUAAUGCAGCUGUGUGGCAGUAGUACAGAAUAAAGGAGGAACUUUGUGGGUUGGGAUGAUAACAGGAAAAUGAAGGUGAACAUUUAUAACAUUCAUUUUAUUUAAUAUUUUAAUGAACAAAAGGUGCUAUUGGGAAAGGCAAAGAGUCAAACCUGGCACUGAUGAGCUCUGCAUGGUCUUGAAAAUACAGUGUGUUUCCUGAAAAUGAAACGUUGAGAGUAAAAGAAUGGAUUGAAAGCGAGACGUCGAGCUAUUGUCUUUUUUUCUCGUAUCACGACACUGGAGCAAAAGACAAAGAUGCCAUUGCAACUGGGGACAGCUGGUUAUAACAGGGCGAACUAUAUCCAAGAUCAUUGGCUGGCAUUGCAGCCACAGGUUAAGAGGGAACUCGUUCUU